AUAUAUUGAUCUCCAUCUGUCAUGGACUCAUGGAAGAAACGUUUCUGCAAUAGUUUCCGUUAACUUAUUCUCUAUACCCUCUUUAUUCGCCUUUCAAACUCCUAACGGGUUCUUCUUACACAGUUCUUGAUUGAGUCUUGACUUCAACAUGAGCGAUGCCAAAGAACAAUUUCUCAGAGAGUUUGGUGAAUAUUACGGCUAUCCUAACGGCUCCAAGUCCAUUGAUCAAAUUCGAGCCACUGAAUUCAAGAGAUUACAAUUACAAGAUCUUGUAUACUUGGAUCAUGCUGGUGCGACUUUAUACUCUGACCUGCAAAUGGAAUCAGUUUUCAAUGAUCUAACCACUAACGUAUACGGAAAUCCUCAUAGCCAAAGUGAUUCCAGUUCUGCAACUCUUGAGAUCGUGAGGGAUGCCCGCCAGCAGGUCCUUGACUACUGCAAUGCAUCUCCCAAAGAAUACAAAUGUGUAUUUACCUCAGGGGCAACAGCAGCGCUGAAGCUGGUUGGAGAGGCUUUUCCGUGGUGUUGUAACAGUAAUUUUAUGUAUACAAUGGAGAAUCAUAAUAGUGUUCUUGGAAUAAGAGAAUAUGCUCUUGGUCAAGGAGCAUCGGCCAUUGCGGUAGAUAUUGAAGAGGAUAUACAUCCUGGAAUAACAGGAGAACUGAUUUCUACGAAGGUAUCACUACAUGAGAUUCAAAGGAGAAAAGUAGCUGGAUCACUGGAAGGAGAGCCAACAGGUGUUGUGUAUAAUUUGUUUGCCUUUCCCUCAGAGUGCAAUUUCUCAGGGUUGAGAUUUGGCAUGGACUUGGUGAAGAUUAUCAAAGAAGACUCGAGCAAGAUUUUGGGAAUUUCUUCAGCUUGCAAAAAUGGACAAUGGAUGGUCUUGAUUGAUGCUGCAAAGGGAUGUGCUACCAUGCCACCUGAUUUGUCUAAGUAUCCUGCAGAUUUUGUUGCUAUCUCAUUUUAUAAGCUGUUUGGCUAUCCAACUGGGCUUGGAGCUCUCAUUGUUCGAAAUGAUGCUGCCAAGUUACUGAAGAAGACUUAUUUUAGUGGAGGAACAGUUAGUGCAUCGAUUGCUGAUAUUGAUUUCAUUAAAAGAAGGGAAGGUAUUGAGGAACUGUUUGAGGAUGGAACUAUUUCAUUCUUGAGCAUAGUAUCUAUCCACCAUGGCUUCAAAAUCCUGAAUUCUCUAACUGUAUCAGCAAUAUCAAGACAUAUAGCAUCUCUUACAUUGUAUACAAGGAAAAUGCUUUCAGCCAUGAAGCAUGGCAAUGGAUCUAGUGUCUGCAUCCUCUAUGGACAUCAUAACUCAAUGGGACUGUGUCAUGAAAUGGGUUCAGUAAUUUCAUUCAACUUAAAACGGCCAGAUGGUUCUUGGUAUGGAUAUCGCGAAGUGGAGAAGCUGGCAUCACUUUCAGGAAUUCAGCUAAGGACAGGAUGCUUCUGCAAUCCAGGUGCAUGUGCAAAAUACCUUGGCUUGUCUCAUGUGGAUCUUAUUUCAAAUACUGAGGCUGGCCACAUUUGUUGGGAUGACCAUGAUAUAAUCAAUGGUAAACCUGUUGGAGCUGUAAGAGUAUCCUUCGGUUACAUGUCAACAUAUGAGGAUGCUAAGAAAUUUGUUGAUUUUGUUGCAAAUUCCUUCAUGUCACCUCGAAAUCACAUUGACCACUAUGGGAAUCAAUUGAAAGGCCUUGAGAAGGGUUUUGUGGAUAAUGGUUAUUUUCUCAAAUCAAUUACAAUAUAUCCGAUAAAAUCCUGUGGAGGUUUCAGUGCAAGAAGUUGGCCUCUUAGCAACAAUGGCCUAAGACAUGAUCGCGAAUGGAUUCUAAAAAGCCUUGCUGGCGAAAUACUUACACAGAAAAAGGUUCCUGAAAUGGGCUUUAUAGGCACCUUUAUUGACCUCAGCCAGGGAAUGUUGUUUGUAGAGUCUCCACGUUGUAAAGAAAGAUUGCAAAUCAGGCUUGAGUUAGAUGUUUAUGUAGAUGUUAAAGAGGAGAUUGAACUAUAUGGCCAGAGAUAUCUUGGCAUAAGUCUCAAUAGGAUCGGUUAUUACUACCAGGUUUUGGCAGAGGAACUUGAAUCAAUUGAAGGAAUCUCUUGGUUGGUGGUCAAGACUUGAUUACGAAUAUGAUUGAAUAUUGGGCUCUUGAGACAUAAGAAGUCAUGUCCUGAUCAGAUUGUUUGAGUGUAGCCAACUCAUACAGCCUUUGAAUGUCGUUGGAAAAACACUUUGAGCUUUCUUCCAAAAUGUAUGACAGGAUUUGAAUUUUGAAGGCUCUAAAACUCAUCAAGAUACUUAGCUAAUCAUAUUGCCGCAAUAAGGCACCAAGUUGAUGAUCCAGUCUUUCCCAUUCAUUGCGAUUUGCUUUUGGAAUGUCAUCCAUAGGCUUUUGCAGGUGUUCAUAGUAUCUGUGACCUAGAAACCAAUGCUUAACAGUUGCCAACCAAGCAAAACAAUUCUUUCCAUUUGACAUUUUCUAAGUUAAUUGUUGGAGUUCCAGAAGUAAGUAAAUAUGGACCACCAGAUGAAGAACUAUUCUUUGAUUGAGUCAAAUACCCUCUUCUUUUUUCUUUUUUCUUUUUUUUGUUUCAUGUAGUAGCUACAAACAGCAUUGGAUCAAGAAUCAGAUCCGAUGCACAAGAUAGGGAAGAGCCAGCAACCAGUUCUGGACAAGCGGCAUGAUAUUUUGAUCCUCGGGAGGAUACAUGGCUUUCAUGAUCUGGAAAUGUGCAGGGCAUGGACGGUUUUUUGGUGACUGGGUUUUGGGGACUAGGCUCAAAGUGACCCUUGAAAUAUUUUUAUGCAAACAGUAGCAGUGGCUGCUCCAUAACAUGAGAAGGGACAUUUGGAUUGAGAUCGUGACUGUUACAGUCCAUGGCCUUAGGGAUUAGAAGGUUUAGCUGGAUCAGAGACAGAACACAGAUGGGAUCAUGGGAUGGAGCCUGUUCAGAUAUGAGAGCAGUUUUUCUGAGUAGCUUAAGUGAAUUACUUAGUAUUUACUAGCCGUUAAUGAUGAUAACAUGCAUGUAUUUUAGGUACAAGAAUAGCUAUGACAUGAAUCUGAAAAUUAAUUGCUACAAAUUCCAAUGGGCUUUUAACUACUAAUUCCUACAGUUAUUUAGGCACACAAUCAUAACAAAAAUAAUAUGUACGAAUUAAAAAGUAUAUAUUGUAUCAAAAGUAAAUACUUGAGAUAUUAUCUUCAUUUUAUUAUCUUUUUUUGAUUCAUAUCUUCAUUUUAUUAACUAACAUGCCAUUAAAAUAAAAUUCAAUAUAUAAAAUAAACCAUAAAUAUUUAUAUGAUGGUACCCAUGCUAUGAAUGGGCCAAAUGUUUAGUUUUGCAUUACUAAUUUAUAAUAUUGUUAUUAUAUUCCUAAGUAUCAUUUCAUUAAGGGUGAUUUCAUUAGUUUGGAACAUACACUGGUGUUGACUAGUUGAAUCUGAGAGUAUCACAUAAAGCUUAAUACUGUGUUGUUCUACUUGCUACAGAUUUUCUAUUGUAAAAUUUAAGAAGUUUGUAAAUUGUUUCAGAGUCAGUUUUGUUUUGGUCUCUUAUGCUUGGGAUUGUGUUUUUUUUUUCUUUUUUUUUUUU